AUGGUUGAUCUUACUCAUGAAUCCGAGAGUGGCAGCGAAAGCGACAUUGGUUCAGCUACACCAGAACUCGUUCCUUACGGUUCGCCUCCUGUUCUUGGAGGUGUUUCCCCUGUUGAUUCUACUGUCUCACGUUUCUCGCAUCAUGGAAACGGAUUUGGGGAUAGGGUUAUUGAAUAA